CACUCCGGAAGUGGCGGUUGCUUAGAAACGAUCACAACAUCACAGGCAGCGAUCCCAUGCGACUGGCAUGGCAAGACUGAAAGGGGCACCAAGCCUCUACGAGGGCAUUGCUGAUGCAAAGUUUCCUACCCUUAAGUCAGAGCUGCAGCCCAGUAAAUUACAGUCAAGACUUGAAGUGAUGAGGAAUGAUUUCCAGGAAAGGGCAUUUCGAGAGAGGGAACAGAAACUUCUCAGCCUUGUUAAACAUGAGACAAGUGCACCAUAUAACCAUGCGGAAAAAAGGUAUACCUUUCAUCAAUCCCCCGGCUCACACUCUGCCCCUUGGACAGCAGAAGAGAAAAGCUGGGCUUCAAACUGGACUGUGUCCAAAAGGAGUGCUGGGAUCGAUCGAGCUCACCCUCUCGAACCAGUCAUCUAUCGUAAAUCUCCAGCUCAGAUCCCAUCAGAAUUCAACAACAUGCAGCGCUCCUCAUCAGUCAAGGUCACUGGGACCAAACACCACAACCUGCUUCCAAGAAACAUCCGAUCAAAUUCUGGCCCCACUCAAGCAGAGCCUUGGCUUGAGCUACAGAAAACAGAAUCCAGUUUGGAAGCUGAAAUCCGGAGGAAGCAAGCUCUGCUGAGGGAAAAGCUGCGUAGGACUGAGGAAGAAUUACGCAGGAUCCAAAGGGAAAAGGAGGAAGCAACCCAGAGAGAAAUAGAUCAAACUCAGAAGAAAACAGUAAAAAACUAUUAUCAUCUUGGCAACAGAUCAGAUCUAGAUGAAGAUUAUAGGAGUUAUAGAAUCCUGAAGAAAGCAGAGUUCAAAUCCUCCCCACAGCCCAAACCUCUCCCUCGGGCUCCCAGCCCCAAAUUUACAGAAGACCAGCAUCCAGAGAGAAUGAGGAGGCAGAUGCCAUCUGCAGGAGAGAAUGCUAGAAAAAGAUCCACUCAGCCAAUUCUCCUGAAACAUGCAGAGGAGGUCAGUGGUUCCCCACUGCUGAGAACAACGUACCAUCACUCUGAUAGACACACAGAGCUCUCAUCUGAUGCAGAGGAUGAAUUGCCUGCAGAGAGUGAGCUGGUACCCUGCCAGUCAUGUGGACGACGGUUCAUGGUGCAACGUCUGGAGAAACAUGCUCAGGUCUGUGAGAAGAUGCAAAGCUCAAAAAGAAAAGUGUUUGAUUCAUCCAAAGCCAGAGCAAAGGGGACCGAGCUGGAGCAAUACUUACAACUGAAAGGCAAACCCUCGUCUAGAGAACCCCAGCAAGUUCGCAAUAAUGCCUGGCGUCAAAAGCAUGAAACUUUCCUGCGCACAAUUCGCCAGGCACGUACAGUGCAGCAGGUUAUCGCCAAAGGAGGCAAACCAUCAGAUGUGCCGCCUCCACCCCCUGAUGAGAAUCCAGAUUAUAUUACCUGCCCUCACUGCAGCCGCAGGUUCGCCCCACGUGCAGCUGAAAGACACAUCCCAAAAUGUGAGACUAUAAAGAGCAAACCUCGGCCUCCACCACAACGCAGACGCUAACACAAAUAUCUUGAUAUCUAACCAAGAGUUUAUUCUAUAACUGGGAAAUGUGGAGA